AUGAGCGACGAGCAGGUAUACCAAGAGAUUCUCGAGUUCGCCUACGACCUCGUCGAAAAGGCAUCGAAGCUCAUCCUGGAAGGCUCCGCCAAGCGUUGGACCUCCCACGAUUUCGCCACGAAGAAGAAUGCUGUCGACGCUGACGUUAGCAUCGGCGAGGAAACCAGUGAAGUGCAAGGCAAGCCUGUCUUAACGGAUGCCUUCACCUGGAUUGUGGAUCCCAUUGACAAAGCGUCUGACCUCAGCCCCAUGGUUGGAUGUUCCAUCGGAGUGACACAUAACAAGAUCCCCGUUGUUGGUGUGAUCUCUCAGCCGUUCCUCAACCGAAUCCGUCUUAAUGGCGACCCCGCAAAGGGCAUUGAGGGAGGUGUCCUCUGCCACGCGCUGCGAAUCAUGCUUAAGGAGGUUGGCGCCUUCUUCUCCGGCGGUAAAGAGCUCUUCGAGCGCGACGCGUCUAUCGGUGAGGUCCUUAUGUGCCGGCGGUAUAUCGCUAUCCGCGCUGUUGCGCCGACGGAAACAGAGUCGAGCGAGCAGAUCCAGCGACGUCUGGCGAAGGACUUGUACGAGGUCGUGGAACCCUGGACGACACCAAGCAUGAAGGGUUACUAA